AUGGGUUGGAACAGCUUUGCAUCAACUACGCAAACGAGAAACAGCAACAGCUGUUCGUCCAGCAGGUCAUCGAGGAAGAAGUUGCCCUGUACAUCCGAGAAGGAAUUGCAAACCCUGCAGUGGCAGCUGGACAAAAGUUCAAGUCCCCUCUGCAAAGUGAACAAUCAGAUUCAAAACUCCAAGAACGCAGUCAUCGAAGCGAUCCGAAUAUCUCCUUCAAGGCGAAUCUCCAGCGCACCCUCCUUUCAAGCCUGCCAGACACCUCUGCGCUGCUUAGAGAAUUGCAAGAAGGAGUAUUUAGACGCUUAG